AUGUCCAAUCAUGGCUACGCCUCCCCGUGUGCAAGUGUCAAGGAUAGUGAUCAAGUUGUAUGAUGUGGAUAAAGGGCAACUAGACUAAUAGCAAUCCAGCGUCUAAACCGACAGUUAUGAUAGGCUUUGCAAGAUUUUGAAGGAUCUCCCGAGUUCGUGUUACACCCAUUUCUCAUACGUAUGACGACUCUACACUCCUGUCCCCUAACAUCAAAUGAUGUAGCACAAUCUACAUGCCAUUCUUCUAUCUGUAGACAACCCUCCCAGUCAAGGUGGCGUGUACAGGGACUGCUAUGUACUUCGCAUGUCCAGUCAAUCAAGUUGGUGGAAGUCUUAGAGGGGAUGAUGCGCGUUCCUUCCUAGACUCACCUAUAACGGCCCUAUCAACAGCUGGUAUGCUCCAAUACCCACACUUCAUCCCUGAAAAUGAAGGUGAAUGGCCAGGAGAGGGUAUUCAGCUUUUGGUCCCACAGCCGGGAUUGCCGCACGUGCAAGGCUCACGCUUUCUUGGUGAAUUUGGCCUCGAAUUCCGAUGCGUGGUCAAAGCUGGUAGGCCUAGAGUAUACGUGGCAUCACAGUCUUUUAUUGUAACAGUUCCUGCUAGCAAGAACUCAUUCUAAUCAAGUGUCUACAUAACAAAGCCCGGAAAUGCGUGUCACGUAAGUGGAAUAAAUAAGCGAGCUCCUCCAGCAGUUAUACAAAUGUCCUAAGAAUGUGAAGAUAUGGAGGCCAGGACUCUUGCAAGUUAUUGACGUGAAUAUUGCUGUCAUACAACUACCCUUAGCCGCCGAGGAAGAAGGAAGACAACAGGGCUACUGCAAGCAGGGGAUAUGA